AUGGCUCGUCCAGCUUUUCCGACCUGUGGCGGAUCUCACCCGCUCGUCCUGGCACCCAUGACAGGCCUCACCCGCCCGCCCCGACACCCGUGCCAGGCCUCGCCAAUCCCAACACCUAUGCCAGGCCUUGCCCGCCCAUCCCAGCAACUUUGGCGGGCCCCACCCGCCCAUCCUGGAACCUGUAUCGGGCCUUGCCCGACCAUUCCGGCGCCUGUGGUGGGCCUCGCCCACCCUUGCUGGGAUGCGUGGUGGGGCUCGCCCGCCCUUCCCAGGACUUUUGGCAGAUGUCGCUCGCCGGUCCCAGCGGGACCCGUGGCGGACCUUGUCCACCUGUACUGGGACACGUGGCGGACCUCGCCCACCCAUCCCCGGACCCAUGGCAGGCCUCACCCACCUGUCCCGGGACCAGUGGUGGACAUUGCCCACCCAUCCCGUGACCCGUGGCGGACAUGGCCCACCAAUCCCGGGACCCGAGGUGGGGCUGGCCCGCCCGUUCUAAAACCCGUGGCGGAUAUUGCCAGCCCAUCCCAGGACCCAUGGUGGGCCUCGCCCACCCAUCCUGGGACCCAUGGCGGGCCUUGUCGGCCUGUCCUGGGACCCGUGGCAGAACUUCAAUGCCCGUCCCGGGAAGGGCAGGUCGGGGUCUGCCCGUCCCGGGACACGUGGCGGACAUCGCCCGCCUGUCCCGGGACCCAUGAAGGGCCCCAGCCUGCCCUUCCUGGGACAUGA